AUGGCCGUCAACAUUCCCACGUCGUUACUGCUGAUCUUCUCUGCAGCGUUGCAGGCUGUAGUCUUGGUUGCAGCAGCUCCCCAGUAUUCCCCCGUCGAUGGCUUCAAUCCAGCCUUUCUCUGCUUCACGCUCCUCAACUUUGCACUAUGGUUCUUCUAUCUGGUAUUCAUUUAUCCCAAUUUCGUCAGCCCGCUUCGAGAUCUGCCAAUGGCCAAGGGCGCUUUACCCAUCAUCGGCCACGCCUGGUCCCAGUUCAAGGCUCCGCGAGGAGGCGACUAUCAGAGAUUUACCCGCGAAGUUCCCAAUGACGGCCUCAUUCGCCUCAAGGGAUUCUUGAAUGCCGAUCAAGUAUUGGUGACGAGUCCCAAGGCACUGGCCGAGAUCCUCGUCACCCGAUCGUACGACUUCCCCAAACCUGACAAGGACCGUGCCUUUCUCCGUCAGUUGAUCGGGGACGGCCUGGUCGUGGCCGAGGGCGAGCAGCACAAACACCAGCGCAAGCACAGCAUGCCCAGCUUCGCUUUCCGACAGAUCAAACUGCUGUACAAUGUGUUUUGGGAGAAGUCCGUCAAGAUGACUCAGGUGAUCGAUGCCGAGGCCUUUGGGCCAGAUCGUGGCCACGGAGGCGCCGAGAACCUGCCGCCUGGGGCGAUUGAUAUUGAGUAUUACGCACCGAAAACAACGUUGGACAUCAUCGGCGUGGCAGGCCUGGGCCGAAAUUUCAACACGUUAGGCAAUUCGGACGACGAGAUGGUCAAAUUGUAUGACCAGCUGGUCCAUCCUUCCGUGGGCCGGCAAAUCCACGCGGCAGUGGCCUUGCUCGUUAGCAACAAGCUUGCAUCUUUGCUCUGUCGUCCCGUCGCUCACCAAUACGAUAGCCUCAAUGCCCAAUUGAGACUUAUAUGCAGGCAGUUUGUGCGAGAAAAGCGGGAAAGGAUGAAGGGUUCACCAAACCAAUCCAUUGAUACCCUUGCCUCGCUGAUCAAGGCAAACAUAUUCUCGGAUGACGAGCUCGUAGACCAACUUUUGACCAUCAUAGCAGCUGGCCAUGAAACAACCUCCUCGAGUUUCACAUGGGUAACAUAUCUUCUUGCGCUUCAUCCCGAUAUCCAGUCCCGCCUCCGCGCAGAGAUUCACGCUGCAAUCCCGAAUGGAUUCUCCACUGUUGAUCCCCAGGAUACGACCAUAGCCUCGGUGCUUGAAUCGCUGCCCCUCCUCAACGGCGUGUGCAGCGAAAGCCUCCGCGUCUUGCCAGCUGUGCCGGUCACGAUGAGAACAACUAAGCGAGACACUACCUUGAUAGGCCACCCAGUUGCCGCAGGCACCAAGUUCAUCAUGGCGCCGUGGGCAGUCAACAACGAUCCUGAAUUAUGGGGUCCCGAUGCCCAAGAGUUCCGGCCGGAGAGAUGGAUUGACCCCGAAACCGGAAAGCCGAACCAGACGGGCGGCGCGUCGACCAACUAUGCAAUCCUAACAUUCCUCCACGGACAGCGAAGUUGUAUUGGGCAGAACUUUGCACGGGCAGAGCUGAGGGCACUGGUGGCGGCAUUUGUUGGAGCCUUUGAAUGGGCUCUGCUCCACCCAGAGGAAGAAGUGGUUCCUGCCGGCGUCGUGACAUCGAAACCAAGAGAUGGUCUCGUGGUGACGCUCAAGAGGGUAAAGCCAUGGUAG